GCCGGGGCCUGCAGCGGAGCCGAGCCGAGCCGAGCCCCGACGCGCUCCGUCCGCCUGCCGGCUCCCGGGAGCCCCGAGCGGCCGGAGCCUCAGAGGUGGCAGUGCGGGGAGCCCCACGCGCGGGGAAGCGCGGCGGACCGGGGGACGCGACUGCCGCUCGGCGGCGGGUGACGGACGCCGGAACCGCGGCCUCCGGGACCCUGCUUGCCCAGGCCGGCCGGCUUGGAGCGGGAGUGCGAGGACCCCACCCUCGGGGCACCGGGCGCCCGGACCCGCAGGAGGACCCUCCCUACUCCCGGGACAGCUAGAAGAGAUCGCCGCGGGGCACGCGGCUGUGCCUCCCACGCUGGCUCUGGAGGAGACCCCCAGAAGUCGGGAAGGGUAGUGGGACCUAGAGUGAAGCCGCCCUCACGCCUCAACGCACUCCAGACAGUUCGGGACUUUUGAGGCAGAGGGAAAGGGAGCCAUGCCUGUAGAGUAGGCACCCAGCAUCCCACCCAGGACUCACCGCGCCGAGGCGUCCUGACACGCACAAGCCUGGACCUACCAGGGAACCGUGAGGAAUCGGUUCCAGUUUGCUGGAGAGUGGAAGACCUCGUCCCUGAACUUCCGUGCACCUAGACAGUGGACCCAGGCAGCGCCCCUGCGCUCAGAUCUCCAGCGGACAGAAAGAGCCCUCAGCCCCUGAAAGAUCCCGUUUGGGGGAGACGGGGAUUCCCCCAAAGGGGAGGAGACAACUCCUGGCUGGGAGAGGCUCCUCCCCUCCUCCCUAGGGCCGCAGGCAGGGUGUGGGGGGUGUGCCACCUUCCCCAGGUAGGUCCUCCCUCUCCCCCUCCUCGGCCUCCUCCUCCUCGGCCUCCUCUUCCCCAGGGGACUCAGUUCCCUGCUUCAGCUUGGGAGGCUCCGCCAGGCACUGGAAGAGUCACUGAAGAUGCGACCUGCCACUUGCCUCUGAAGAGGGGAAUCCCUGCCACCUCAAACUUGUGUACCAGGUGGUUUCCUCCGGUGACUGGGGGAACCUCGGAGACAGAACCCGGAAGUGCGAUGGCCUCCGACCUGGAGAGUAGCCUCACCUCCAUAGACUGGCUGCCUCAGCUGACUCUCCGAGCUACCAUUGAGAAGCUUGGGAGCGCUUCUCAGGCUGGGCCUCCAGGGGGCAGUCGAAAGUGCUCUCCAGGCUCCCCCACAGAUCCUAAUGCCACCCUCAGCAAGGACGAGGCAGCGGUCCACCAAGAUGGCAAGCCGCGGUACAGCUACGCCACCCUCAUCACCUAUGCUAUCAACUCUUCCCCGGCUAAGAAGAUGACUCUCAGUGAGAUUUACCGCUGGAUCUGCGAUAACUUCCCCUAUUACAAGAAUGCUGGCAUCGGGUGGAAGAAUUCCAUUCGACACAACCUUUCUCUUAACAAGUGUUUCCGGAAGGUGCCCAGACCUCGGGAUGACCCUGGGAAGGGCUCUUAUUGGACAAUAGACACCUGCCCUGACAUUUCCCGGAAGAGAAGACACCCCCCAGAUGAUGACCUAUCCCAAGAUUCCCCAGAACAGGAGGCCAGCAAAAGCCCCCGGGGAGGUGGUCCAGCGAGUGGAGAAGCUUCCCUGUCUCAUGAGGGGAAUCCUCAGAUGUCACUGCAGAGCCCCUCCUCCAUGGCCAGCUACAGCCAGGGCCCAGGGUCUGUGGACGGUGCAGCAGUGGCAGCAGGGCCUCCAGGCCGGGAAGGCACAGAGGGUGGCCCUCCCCUCUACAACACCAACCAUGACUUCAAAUUCUCCUACUCAGAGAUCAACUUUCAGGACCUAAGCUGGUCCUUCCGCAACCUCUACAAGUCCAUGUUGGAGAGGUCCUCCUCACAGCACGGCUUUUCCUCACUCCUGGGAGACAUGCCACCAUCUAACAAUUACUACAUGUACCAGCAGCAGCAGCAGCAGCAGCAGCAGCCACAGUCUCAGCCACCACCCCAGCAACCACAACCACAACAGCAGCAGGCACCCACUCAGGGCCCCUCAAAUGUAGGGGGUGCCCCUCCACUACACACCCCAAGUCCUGAUGGCUGUACUCCACCAGGGGGAAAGCAAGCAGGAGCUGAAGGCUACGGCCCCCCAAGUGUGAUGGCCAUGCACCCUCCCCCACUGCAACAUGGAGGCUACCACCCUCAGCAGCACCAUACCCACCCCCACCCUGCCCAGCAGCCGCAGCAACAGGCACAGGGCCAGGCACCCAUCAACAGCCCUGGCUUUGCCUUUCCUUCAGACUGGUGCUCCAAUAUUGACUCCUUAAAGGAAAGCUUCAAAAUGGUGAACCGGCUCAACUGGUCCAGCAUCGAGCAGUCGCAAUUCUCAGAGCUGAUGGAGAGUCUACGGCAGGCAGAGCAGAAGAACUGGACCCUCGACCAGCAUCACAUCGCCAACCUGUGUGACUCCCUCAACCACUUCCUCACCCAGACUGGUCACAUGCCCCCACAAGGGGGCUCCCACCGACCACCUGCCCCUUCCCGCAUCACUGACUCCUGUGCUCUCACCAGUGGCAAACCAGAGCCAUCCAUGAACCAAGUGAACUCUUACGGGCACCCACAAGCCUCCCAUCUCUAUCCUGGCCCAGCACCAAUGUACCCGAUCCCCACCCAGGACUCAGCAGCAUACAAUCGCCCAGCGCACCACAUGGUUCCUCGGCCACCUGUCCCCCCUGGUGCCAAUGAGGAGAUUCCCGAUGACUUCGACUGGGACUUGAUCACUUAAUGAAUCAGCGUGGACAUCAGCCCACAGCCUGGCGGUGAAUUCUGGCCACGGGGGAAGGACAGUCCCCGCCCAUCCUCCCCCAACCUGUAUAUAGAUAUAUAUAUAGCUUCUUCCUGUUGUCUCUGCCAGAGAAGCCACUGCAGGAUGCCGCCGAGGACGACCCCCUUCCUCUCCUCGAUCUUCUGUUUCCCUUCUAGUUCUUUUAUUAUUAUUCUAAUUAUAUUAUUAUUAUUAUUAUUGGUUAUAUACUGCCCAGUCUACUGCCCUCUCGCCAUGGACUCUGCCCUCCCUUUGUCCAUUUCAGAUCUUCAGGCUGCACGAUGAGGCCGUGGCAGCUGUAGAGAAAGACUUCCCAUACUAGUUGACCUUUCUCUCCGAGAAGUGCAGUGCUGACCCCACCUUUCAGCUCCAGAUUGUGUUCUGUUCUUGUCUGUCUCCAGGGCUGGCCUGGAGAGGCCUCAGUAAGUAGAGGGGGUCUAAGACACUGCUUGGCAGCCGUGAUGCUGCACUUUUACUCAGUGGUGCUAAUUGUGUCCUCUGAGCUCUUCCUUUAUUGAGCCAGGCUUCCCUUUUCUGGCCGUGCUCACUCCUCAUGGAGGGUUGCCUUGGAGGGCUGGGUUGAGGAGAGUGCU